AAUUCCAACUGUGGCAAUCAGAAUCGCUAUUUAAAAAGGAAACAUUUAAAAAGUACAAUGUGAGAAACCUACAGAGAAGGGACAGAGAUCGUGCGGAUACCUGGGGAAGGGGAGGGAGGGAAGGCUGCACGAAAAAUAUCACCGGUGGGCUAAUUAUAGUUACGUCCCAUUAACGGGCACAGCGCUUUGCAUCGGUCAGUUCACUGAAUCCCGCUGACCACCGGGAGGUGGCCAGUGCUGCCUUUUCCAGGCGAGGACACUUGCUAGAUGAAAAACGACGCGUUUCCUUCGUGCACUGAGUCACGCCUGAAGAGCAGGCUCUGGGCACGAUAAGGAAGGCCGGAGGAGGCCUGGCAGGACAGCGGAGCAGGGCAAGGUGAGCUCGCUGAAGGCGAGAAGCCCAACAAAGUUUCCCAUUUAGGUAGAGGCGGGCUCCGGCGUUCAAAUCCCCGGGCCGGCCCGCCCAGGCGUCAGAAAGCCCGCCCCUCAGCCACGAGCCACGCCCCCUUCGGCGGCCGAUCUCCGAGCUCCCAAUACUUCCCUCCUUCUCCUCGACCCCGCCCACUUCGCCAAGCAUCAUUUCCUGUGCGCUGGGUGCUAAUUGGUCCAGCAGCCGGAAGUGAGGGCGGGCGGUGGGGGCCGUUGCCGCAGUGACAGUGCUGGGGGAGUCCGAAGAUGGCGGCGUCGCGUCGCUCUCAGCAUCAUCACCACCAUCAUCAACAACAGCUCCAGCCCGCCCCAGGGGCUUCGGCACCGCCGCCACCACCUCCCCCACCACUCAGCCCAGGCCUGGCCCCGGGGACCACCCCAGCCUCCCCCACGGCGGGUGGCCUGGCCCCCUUCGCCUCCCCGCGGCACGGCCUGGCGCUGCCGGAGGGGGAUGGCAGUCGGGAUCCGCCCGACAGGCCCCGAUCCCCGGACCCGGUCGACAGUACCAGCUGUUGCAAUACCACCGGCACAAUCUGUACCGUCGCCGCCGCUCCGGUGGUACCGGCAGUUUCCGCUGCUUCUGCCGUCGGGGUCCCUCCUAACCCAGCCGGCGGGGGCAGUAACAGUUCACCUUCCUCCUCUUCCUCCCCGACUUCUUCCUCCUCUUCCUCUCCAUCCUCCCCCGGAUCGAGCUUGGCGGAGAGCCCCGAGGCGGCCGGAGUUAGCCCCGCAGCGACACUGGGGCCUGGGGCCGCGGGGCCGGGACCAGGGGUCCCCGCAGUGAGCGGGGCCUUACGGGAACUGUUGGAGGCCUGCCGCAAUGGGGACGUGUCCCGGGUGAAGAGGCUGGUGGACGCGGCCAACGUGAACGCUAAGGACAUGGCCGGCCGGAAAUCUUCUCCCCUGCACUUCGCUGCAGGUUUUGGAAGGAAGGAUGUCGUAGAACAUUUACUACAGAUGGGUGCUAAUGUCCAUGCUCGUGAUGAUGGAGGUCUCAUCCCACUUCAUAAUGCCUGUUCCUUUGGCCAUGCUGAGGUUGUGAGUCUGUUACUGUGUCAAGGAGCCGAUCCCAAUGCCAGGGAUAACUGGAACUAUACCCCUCUGCAUGAAGCUGCUAUUAAAGGGAAAAUUGAUGUAUGUAUUGUGCUGCUGCAGCACGGAGCUGAUCCAAACAUUCGGAACACUGAUGGGAAAUCAGCCUUGGACCUGGCAGAUCCUUCAGCAAAAGCUGUUCUUACAGGUGAAUACAAGAAAGACGAACUCCUAGAAGCUGCUAGGAGUGGUAAUGAAGAAAAACUAAUGGCUUUACUGACCCCUCUAAAUGUGAAUUGCCAUGCAAGUGAUGGGCGAAAGUCUACUCCUUUACAUCUAGCCGCAGGCUACAACAGAGUGCGGAUAGUGCAGCUGCUGCUUCAGCAUGGUGCUGAUGUUCAUGCAAAAGACAAAGGUGGACUUGUACCUCUUCAUAAUGCAUGUUCAUAUGGACAUUAUGAAGUCACAGAACUGCUACUAAAGCACGGAGCCUGUGUUAAUGCUAUGGAUCUCUGGCAGUUUACUCCACUCCAUGAGGCUGCUUCCAAGAAUCGUGUAGAAGUCUGCUCUUUGUUACUUAGCCAUGGUGCUGAUCCCACAUUAGUCAAUUGCCAUGGGAAAAGUGCUGUGGAUAUGGCUCCAACUCCUGAGCUUCGGGAGAGAUUGACUUAUGAAUUUAAAGGUCAUUCUUUACUACAAGCAGCCAGAGAGGCAGACCUAGCCAAAGUUAAAAAAACACUUGCCUUGGAAAUCAUUAAUUUCAAACAGCCACAGUCUCAUGAAACUGCACUGCACUGUGCCGUGGCCUCCCUGCAUCCCAAACGAAAACAAGUGACAGAAUUGCUACUUAGAAAAGGAGCAAAUGUCAAUGAAAAAAAUAAAGAUUUCAUGACUCCGCUGCAUGUGGCAGCAGAAAGAGCUCACAAUGAUGUCAUGGAAGUUCUGCAUAAGCAUGGGGCAAAGAUGAACGCGCUGGACACUCUUGGUCAGACUGCUUUGCACCGAGCUGCCCUCGCUGGCCACCUGCAGACCUGCCGCCUCCUGCUGAGUUACGGCUCGGACCCCUCCAUCAUCUCCCUGCAAGGCUUCACGGCGGCGCAGAUGGGGAACGAAGCAGUGCAGCAGAUCCUGAGUGAAAGUACACCUGUACGUACUUCUGAUGUUGACUAUCGACUCUUAGAGGCAUCUAAAGCUGGAGACUUGGAAACUGUGAAGCAACUUUGCAGCCCUCAAAAUGUGAAUUGCCGAGAUUUAGAGGGCCGGCAUUCUACACCCCUACACUUUGCGGCAGGCUAUAAUCGUGUGUCUGUUGUGGAGUACCUUCUACACCACGGUGCCGACGUCCAUGCCAAAGACAAAGGUGGCUUGGUGCCCCUUCAUAAUGCUUGUUCAUACGGACACUAUGAGGUAGCUGAGCUUUUAGUGAGGCAUGGGGCCUCUGUCAAUGUCGCAGACUUAUGGAAAUUUACCCCUCUCCACGAAGCAGCAGCUAAAGGAAAAUAUGAAAUCUGCAAGCUCCUUUUAAAACAUGGAGCAGAUCCAACUAAAAAGAACAGAGAUGGAAAUACACCUUUAGAUUUGGUUAAAGAAGGAGACACAGAUAUUCAGGACUUACUGAGAGGAGAUGCUGCCUUGCUGGAUGCUGCCAAGAAGGGCUGCCUGGCAAGAGUGCAGAAGCUCUGCACCCCAGAGAAUAUCAACUGCAGAGACACCCAGGGCAGAAACUCAACCCCUCUGCACUUGGCAGCUGGCUACAAUAACCUGGAAGUAGCUGAAUAUCUUCUAGAGCAUGGAGCAGAUGUUAAUGCCCAAGACAAAGGUGGCUUAAUUCCUCUUCAUAAUGCAGCGUCCUAUGGGCAUGUGGACAUAGCAGCAUUGUUGAUAAAGUACAACACGUGUGUAAAUGCAACAGAUAAGUGGGCUUUUACUCCUCUUCAUGAAGCAGCCCAAAAAGGAAGGACCCAGUUAUGUGCCCUCCUCCUAGCGCAUGGAGCAGAUCCAACUAUGAAGAACCAGGAAGGUCAGACACCGUUAGAUCUGGCAACAGCCGACGAUAUCCGAGCUUUGCUGAUAGAUGCCAUGCCCCCGGAGGCCUUGCCCACCUGUUUCAAACCUCAGGCUACCGUAGUGAGUGCCUCUCUCAUCUCACCAGCAUCCACCCCCUCCUGCCUGUCUGCCGCCAGCAGCAUAGAUAACCUCACUGUCCCUUUAGCGGAACUGGCAGUAGGGGGGGCGUCCAACACGGGGGAUGGCGCCGCGGGCACCGAAAGGAAGGAAGGAGAAGUUGCAGGGCUUGACAUGAAUAUCAGCCAAUUUCUGAAAAGCCUUGGUCUUGAACACCUUCGGGACAUCUUUGAAACAGAACAGAUUACGCUAGAUGUUUUGGCUGAUAUGGGUCAUGAAGAGUUGAAAGAAAUAGGCAUCAAUGCAUAUGGACACCGCCAUAAACUGAUCAAAGGAGUGGAAAGACUCUUAGGUGGACAGCAAGGCACCAACCCUUAUUUGACUUUUCACUGUGUUAAUCAGGGAACUAUUUUGCUGGAUCUUGCUCCAGAGGAUAAGGAAUAUCAGUCAGUAGAAGAAGAGAUGCAAAGUACAAUUCGAGAACACAGAGAUGGUGGUAAUGCCGGCGGCAUCUUCAACAGAUACAAUGUCAUUCGAAUUCAAAAGGUUGUCAACAAGAAGUUGAGGGAAAGAUUCUGUCACAGACAAAAGGAAGUGUCUGAAGAGAAUCACAACCAUCACAAUGAGCGCAUGUUAUUUCAUGGUUCUCCUUUCAUUAAUGCCAUUAUUCAUAAAGGGUUUGAUGAGCGACAUGCGUACAUAGGAGGAAUGUUUGGUGCUGGGAUUUAUUUUGCUGAAAACUCCUCUAAAAGCAACCAGUAUGUUUAUGGGAUUGGAGGAGGAACAGGCUGCCCCACGCACAAAGAUCGGUCAUGUUAUAUAUGUCACAGACAAAUGCUUUUCUGUCGAGUGACCCUUGGAAAGUCCUUUCUGCAAUUCAGCACCAUGAAAAUGGCUCACGCCCCGCCAGGACAUCACUCAGUCAUUGGGAGACCAAGUGUGAACGGGCUGGCGUAUGCCGAAUACGUCAUCUACAGAGGGGAGCAGGCAUACCCAGAGUAUCUGAUCACGUACCAGAUCAUGAAGCCAGAAGCUCCUUCACAGACUGCAACAGCCGCUGAGCAGAAGACCUAGUGAAUGCCCACUGGUAAAGGCCAGAUCGGAUUUAAACCCGGGACUGGACGCUAAUGAACUGUUUCCAACAAAAUCGAUAUUCUAUAAAUCCCUGGCAGCCUAGAUGAGCUGUUUGUCUUUACGAAGCAUUGCUAUAGUGAUGAAUAUAGUAUGAGUAACUGAUACAUACUCAACUGCUGCUGUUCCCUUUGAGGAAAUGUUUACAGGGGCGGCCUUUUAAUAUAUCUCAGGCUCACUUCCAUUGCAAUUACCCAUUUCUAAAAUAAGAUCGCUUUGAUCUAGACUUGGAAAUGGAAAAAAGAAAACAACCAAUACGUUCCCAAAUGUUCACAAUUCACACACUACAUUUGCUUUGUUACAUUCGGCGCAUGUAUAUAACAAGUAUGCAUACCCAGGCUCAGUUUUAGUUUUUUCUAAACAGGCAUCAUUGGCUUUUUUUUUUCCUUACUCUGAUAAUGAGCUGGAGCCUUCUUGAGGAUAUUUUGCACGAAGUCACACUGACUAAAAUCAUUAGCAAUGCAACCCAAGCUUCUGGCUGAGCAAGACUCGUUUCCACUUUUUUUUUCACUUUGAUUUAUUUUAUAUGUGUACUUCUUAUAAAUUGAGAUGGGAAGGAAAAACAUCAAGCUUCAGUCCUUUUAUUAAUUGGCCAGUCUUACAAGGGAAAGGCACAGACAUCAUCCUGACUGGGAGCUCCCAAGGUCAGAGAGGCAGAGCCAGGGAGGGCCAUUGCUCGCUGCAGUACAAGCCUGCUUCAGAGGUGGUCAGGGCGGUGCCGGGGCCCCGAGGAGCACAGCCAGGGAGAGGUGUGGAGGGCGCUGUCAUCUAGCCUGGAGAUGAGACAGCCAGGGAGAGCUGCGAAGGAGAAGCUGCUUCCCAGGCGAGGAGCAUGUGGUUCUUCACUGUUUUGGCAGAAAGGACUGUGGGGACUCCUCAAAGAGAAAAUCCUCUCAUUUAAUCCACACCACCAGAAUUGUCACCUCAAAAUUAACUGCCUUAUUUCCAAAUUCAAAUUAUUGUGUUCAUUGGAGACACAAAAAUAUUUCUUUAUUGUUUCUCUAGGUUAGAAAGCUGGGAUUUAAAUCCUGUUUAGCAGGUAGAUAGGCACAAAUGCAAGAACUGUUUUAUUUACUCCAGAUUUGGAGUUUAUUUUGAGUGAGGUGCUUCAAAUCAUUUAAUAGGUCCCUGCACUAAAUUUUUGAAUGAUUUCUGCAAUCAUCUUUAAUAGACCAGAACAAAAACUUGAAACCAAAGCUUUCAGUUGUUUUUUUAGUGAAGGUAGAGAAAUACCACAGGUUACUUAAUGAGAUUACUACUUUGUUUUGCUUAUUUUAAUCAACAUUUGCCAAGUGCAUAGACACUUGUAAAAGUUAUCUAUCACAUUUCUUCCAUUCGCCCUUCUCUUCUCACCUUAACUGAAUAUCAGAGGAGUGCGUUCCUUUUUUAUUUGACCUGCUGCGCACCUGCUCAGCUGUGAAGCAAAGUAAUGUGAGGGGAAAAAGGAAGACGGGAUGACACAGACUUGCCAUGUCAACUUUAAGUCCUGGAAGCUAAUUCGUUUUCAAUACAGGCUGAUUAAGCUGUGACCUCAUUUAAUCGCCUAAAGAAAAAUAAAAUAGUUAACAUGCAAAAAUUCUAGAAUAGGCUCUUAAAAUAUACACUUUGCUUUCUUUCUGGCUCAAGUCCAUUUGCUAGCAGUAGGCACUGGGAGUUAGAGUUUUGUAGCUGACUCUUGCCUGAGUCCUCAAAGUUAAAUCAAGAAUUAGCCUCCGUUUUUGCUUCAGUUGAAGUCUUAGUGGCCCAGGCUGUUGUUCAUGUCUUGGCUACUUUAAUAGCACUAGAAUCCCACACGGAGCUUCGAAGUUUGCUGUCCAGUAAGAGGCUGUUCCUCCUUUCCUUGUUUGCUGUGUAACAGUGGGUCGAAGGAGUUGGCAUCUGUGUAGUUUUCAGUAGCUGUGAAAGUGUAUGUUACUUACUUCCACAUUUAGACAUAAUUUAAAAUGGUAAACACAGCUGUGAUUUUUAGUUAAGUAAAAGGGUUAAUAUGGUAUAGAUACUGAAAGCUUUACAGCUUUUUAAAAAACAUAAGCCACUACCCGACUGUGGUUAUGUGUCAUUUCCAUCGUAACUGGAUUAAUGGAUGUGCCAGUUUUAAACUUCAGCCUUACACUUGAGAAGUUAAACUGUGGUUCAAUAUUUAAACUGCCGAUGUAUGUAUCGUAUGUCCCGUGUGCCGAGUAAAGGUACUGUGUAAGGAAGACA